CAGACAGCUCAAGAGGACCUCCACAAGUCGCCAGUCCCGCCCGCUGGCCUCCGGGAGACAUGCACCUCAAGCUCGCGUUGGUGUGCCUGUGUGUCGUCUCUAUGGCCGUGGUCUGCACGGCUGGCGGCGGCGGUCACCACAAGAAGGUCAUCAUCCACGUGCCGCACUACGUCAAGAAGAUCCACCACACGCACACCGUCUACAAGAUCGUGGACCACGGCGGCCACGGCGAGAAGGUGGUGAUCGACCACCACGGCGACCAACAUGGCUUCGGCCACGAGCUGGGGGGCGGCCACGACUUCGGCGGGUCGGAGCACCAGCUGUCCUGGCACUAGCCGGCGCCCGGCGCCCCUUCGCGCGACUUGCCGAGUGAUCGGCUGUGCGAGGCGACAAUUACCGGGACCAUCCGAGUGUUCACGAAGGUGCAGGCCACGCUCUGAAAUUCUCAAACAUAGACUAUCUCCACUCCAGAAUUCUCGCUUAGAGCGGCAGCAAUUCGCGAAUGUUCACGAGUCAUAAGCUGCACUUAAAAUAAAAUAAAAACAUAGCUCAUAAAGCUUCCCCCACAACAAUAACUUUUCAAUAGUACUAGGUAUAUUUACAUCAAACCCCAAAUGUACCUAUCAAACUUGAACCAAAGGUAAAAAAAAAAAAAAAAAAAAAAAGUGCAGGCUUCUAUUGCGCCAAUGAAUAGUUUUAGACGAAUAAACACAUUCUUCAUUUUCAGCCUCACAAUAAUGUUACAUUAUGAAGAAUAUUUUCUACAGAUAAUAAAAUUAAUUCUGUGAUCAUAUAUAAUGUGAAAUAUUACAUGGGUAAUGAAUUGAUAUAUAAUUCACCUAAAAAGUUUAUCUCUUCACAUAGCGAAAUACCUUUAGUUGUACCAUACGUGUGUUUGUACUGAGAGUUAUGUAGACUCUCAUAAAAUUUUAAUCAAUGUAUCUGUACAUAUGUUUACAAUGUAAAUAGUUUAGUGUGUGAUUUUUUUUUAUCUGUUGGAAUAAAAUGUGUGUAAAGGAA